UAAAUACAUAUAUUUAUUUUAACACGUAUACACAAGUCAUGUGGUUGUUUAUCUAUUUUUAAAGCUGCACAUGUUAAAACUGUUUCGCACAGAAAAUGGAGAAGCCACAAAAAGGAAAAUAUGAAUUUGGACCGAUUACAGAAAAGGACGUUGUUGUAAGUAUCAAUCAACCUGGGAAUGCUGAUACUGAAGUCCUUAUUGUUGAAGAGCAAGAGAUAAGACUCUCCUUCCAAAAGAAAGGGAUGGUUCCUGAUCCUAGAGUUCUUAUUCCGGCGUUUCAAGAAAUGGAGUGUUAUGAUGACGAUAUAUUUAUUUGUGCUUAUCCAAAAUGUGGUACACAUUGGGUAUGGGAGAUGUGUCAGAUGAUAAUAAAAGGUAAAGCUGAAUAUCACUCAAAAGCUAAAGAAUCGUGUAUGGUUGAAUUUCAUCUGCCUGAGGAGUACAAAGAUGAGCCACGUCCCAGAAUAUUCAACACCCACUUUACACCAGUGUGUCUUCCAAAACAAGCAGUUGAAAAGAAAUCCAAGAUCAUUUUACUUCAUAGAAAUCCAAAGGAUAUUAUUACAUCCCUGUAUCAUCAUAUGGUUAAGACAAAGUUCAAUAUGGACAGUGAAACAACAUGGAAUCAGUUUCUGCAAUAUAUCCUCCAUAAUGAUCGGGAAGUGAGUUCGAAUUGGUUCUUUUAUAACAAGAAAUGGGCAGAGUUUACAGCAUCUAAUGACCUUGAUGUAUUAGUAAUGAAUUACGAAGACCUUAAAAUAGAUACAGUAUCAUGUCUUUCUAAACUAGCGGAUUUCAUAGGAUAUCCCAGAGAUGAAAAGAUGUUACAAGAAAUAAGUGAAAAAUGCACUGUGAAUAAAAUGAGAGACGCAGAAAAGGAAAGAGACAGUGGAACAGUGGUUGUCAAUUCAGAACAAGUAUCAUUGUUAUAUAGAAAAGGUGUUGUUGGGGAUUGGAAAAACCAGUUUACUGUUGCUGAAAAUGAACAAUGUGAUGCUCAUCUCAAGGAAAACAUGAACGGAGACCAUUUAAAUUUCAAAUAUGAAAUUUGAACUAUAUUACAGCUGGUUUCUUGUGAGGAAAGUGUGUUUCCUGGCGUUUCUAUGCAACUGAUCACCCGAUUCAUUUAGUAUUAAACAUAGUAUAUCUAGUCAUUCAA